AGAAGGGACUUGGAUGCCAGUGAAUUUCAAAGAGGCUGCGGUGCAUUUCCCCGGUGAUCAAGGGCCUCUGCUGGAUCCAGAUCAAAGAAUCCUGCACAACAUCAUCAUGCCGGAGAAUGAUGGGAAUGUGGCCUUUCUGGGUGAUGGGCAGGCAGAUGUGAACGAAGAGGAUAUGCAGGUACAAAGUUCUGAGCAAGACAAACCAACGGGGUCAACACCGGGAUUAGCAGGAGAAGCGGUUUCCCAGUGCCUUGAGAGGAGAGAGACUGUGCCAAAUCAUCGCAGGCCUGAGAGGCAGCUGGACCACCACCUGUCAAGGAGAACGGCUAGUGCCAUUCCUAGCGGGGGUGGCCCCCAGGAUCUUUGCAAAGGCCCAGCACGAAAGCGAAUCCGCAAAUCUAAGGGCCCGAGGACGUGCAAUGAGUGUGGGAAGACCUUUGCUCAGGCCUCGAACCUUCUGGCACAUAAAAGAAUCCACACAGGCGAGAAGCCAUAUAAAUGUGUGCAUUGUGGGAAAAGCUUCACCGAACGGUCCAAUCGCAACAGGCAUCAGAGGACCCAUUCCGGAGAGAAACCGUACCAGUGUGUUGAUUGUGGGAAAAGUUUUAGCUUCCGGUCGGACCUUAUUAGACACGGGGUUACCCAUACAGGAGAGAGGCCAUAUAAAUGUUCGGACUGUGGGAAAAGCUUCAGUCACGCCUCCACUCUGAUUAGACAUGAGAAUAUCCAUACAGGAGAAAAGCCCUACUCCUGUACAGACUGCGGGAAAAGUUUCACGCAGAGCUCAUCCCUUCUAGCACAUAAGAGACUCCAUACGGGAGAGACGCCUUUCCUGUGCCCCGUUUGCGGGGAGAGCUUUAACUGGAAGUCACACCUUGUCACACAUAAGAGAACCCACACAGGGGAGAGACCAUACAAGUGCGCAAAGUGUGGGAAAAGCUUCAUCGAGAAGUCAAAACUGAACAGGCACCAGAGAACCCACCUGGAGAAAGAACUUUACGAAUGCGCAGAGUGCGGGAGAAUUUUUAGCAUCCGGUCCAACCUCCUUCGGCACGAGACCGCCCACAGAGGGGAGAAAUCGUUUACGUGCUUCAGCUGUGGGAAAAGCUUCAACCAGUCGUCGAAGCUGAUGAGGCACGAGAGGAUCCACACAGGAGAGAAGCCCUACUCCUGCGCCGACUGCGGGAAAAGUUUCAGCCAGACCUCCGAGCUCCUCCGACACGAGAGAAUCCACACGGGAGAGAAGCCAUACAAAUGCGCCGUCUGUGGGAAGUGCUUCAACCGGAGGUCACACCUGAACACCCACGGGGCGACACACAUCGGAGGCCAACCUUACAAAUGGCCAGACGGCAGAGCGAGCUAUGAAAACGGUUCCCUCCUUGUGGCAAACGUGAAUGGGCCCGAGCAGUUCUGUGCAGGGGACCAGCCCUACAAAUGCUUAGAGGGCGAGGACUACGGUCGUGGCUCCCUCCUCGUCGCAGGCAUGAAUUCGCACGGGCAAGCGCAUAUAGGAGGCCAGCUGUACGAAUGGCCAAACACGGAGACCAGCUACAGUCACUGCUCCCUUCUCAUUACUAGCAUCAAUGCGCAAGAAGGAAUCCAUGCGCAGGAACAGACAUACAGAUGCGUGGGCAACGACUCGAGCUGCAGCCGCGGCGGCCCGUUUUACCUAACCGGCGCAGACGCCCACGAGGGGAUCGUUGUAGGAGGUCAAGCGUAUAAAUGUCGAAGUGGCAACGAUGAAAGCCACAAGGGUCCCUCGCUCCUUACAACGGGCGUGGGCGACCGGAGGGAAGAGAAGGUGUUUAAGUGUUCCGAGUGCGGGAAGUGCUUUAACUGGAGAUCGCACUUUGUUAGGCACAAGAGAAUCCACACGGGAGAAAAGCCGUACUGCUGUCCGGAGUGUGGGAAAAGCUUCAACCGGAGGUCGCACCUCGUCAGGCAUGGGAGGACUCACGCAGGGCUGAGGCCGUACGCUCAGGCUGAGGAGGAAACUUUGGUUCAGAAUCUGGUCAUCUCGAACCCAAGUGAAUCUGUGCCUGAGGGAAACGGUAUAAACACACAGCCUUCUCACACUGUAUUACAGACCAGCGAAGUCAUGCAGGAGACAAACCUUAUGAAUAUUCUGUGACAUACC